UGUUUUAUAAUAAAACACAUGUUACAGCGUAUAAAAAGUGUUGAAAUUCAACAUUUUAACUUAAUUACGUUCAUCUAGCAGGCAUUUUAAUAUGAAGCUCGCUCUUCUAUUCUUUUUGGCAGCAAUUAUCUGUGUGAUUAGUGCAGAAGAAGUUAAGGCUCCUCAGGAUGAGGAAGUCAAAGGAAGAAGAACUAACAACAGAAUAGAAGCUUUAAUGAAGGAGAGAGAAAUAUUGGAUAAUUUAAAAGAGGAAUUAAAGAAAGAGGGCAAACGAGCAAAACCUGACAUUAAGAAGAAUGCUUUCAUGAAUCGUCUUCAAGAAAAGAAACGCAUAAAUGGGAUGAAGAAAGAAAUCGGGAAAAUAAUGCCGGAAGCUAUGGAGAGAAAGGAGAAAUCACCACUCGAAGACGAACUUCAUCAAGAUAAAUCGAAAUCGGAAGGAUUACGUGAUCCAAAUUACAUUAAAAAAUCGCUAUCUACAACAAGUCGAUAUGAUGAUUCUUUUUUGUUAACUUUAUUAUAUAGUUUUUGUUAUGACUUAUGUGAUUGUUAUUACGGCGAUUAUUAUUAUUAUUAUUAUGAUUAUUAUUAUUAUUACGACUAUUGCCCUUACUACGAAUGUUUCUACGACUGUUUCAACUAUUGGUGCUAUUAUGAUUAUUAUGUUUGAAAUAAUUCAUAAUAAUGUAACAGGGAUAAAGUUCAAAACGAAUUUUUUUUUUAUCCCUAUUAAAACUGUUAUAAAAUAAAAUUGGAAUUAAGCAU